GUGUGGCAUGUCCCCUGGACAGCUUGCUUUCCCGCUCUCGACCGGUGACAUUGCAACCCGUCGCAUUUUCCCACAACGAAACCAUGUCUGCGCCAACGGGAAGCGGGGGAUGGGCUCAGCUGCGGCAGCAGGCUCGGACACUAGAGACUCAGACGGAGACGCUCUUCCACACGUAUUCGCAAUUCUCGACGGCAACCAAUAUACCGCCGAAGCCGACCGAGCAGGAGCGGGAGACGGAGGACAAGAUCCAGGAGUUGUUGGAAAAGCGCGAGUCGGUCGUCUCACAGCUCGCGCGGCUGCUCGACUCGGAGGCCAGCCUGACCUCAUCGGCGCUCAAGCAAAACAACCUCUCGCUGCUGCGGGAGAAGCUUGCGGCGCACCGGCGCGACCUGGGCCGGCUGCGCGGGACGCUGCAGCAGGCGCGCGACCGGGCCAACCUCCUGACCAACGUGCGGUCCGACAUCGACCAGUACCGCGCCAACAACCCGGAGGCGGCCGAGGCCGAGUACAUGAUCGAUGAGCGGCGGCGCAUCGACAACAGCCACGGCAUGGCCGACAGCGUGCUGAGCCAGGCCUACGCCGUCAACGACAGCUUCAUCCUGCAGCGCGAGACGCUGUCGAGCAUCAAUCGCCGCAUCACGAUGGCGGCGAGUAAGGUGCCGGGCAUCAACACGCUCAUCGGGAGGAUAUCCGCCAAGAAGAGGAGGGACGGCAUCAUCAUGGGUUGCUUCAUCGCCCUUUGUUUCAUCGUAUUUUGGUGGCUGCUAUGAGUGGCAGGUGCGGAUGCGACGAUGACGACGACAGUGAUGGGAGACUAAUACAUUUUGCGUGGCGGAGGGGGACCGCACAGGGGGAGAAAUGCGGGACAACGGGACCUGAUCGGCAUGGGCAAUGGCGUUUUUCAGCGGGGUAUCAGCGUUCAUAUCUAUCUGUCUAUGGAGUUCGUUUGUUGUAUACUGUACAGUAUGGCAGGGCCAUAUGGACGUUUCGAAGCAGAUUGUUUUUACAAGACGGCAGCGGAU